GGCACGCAUUUCAAAAUGUUCGUCUGGAGGUUGGACCGACUAUCCUCAAGUACGGAUACCCUGGCCGGCCUGCAUCUCUCAGCACUGGAAUUCCUUGUUGACCCUGGUACGGACAAUUUAUCCCCUUGUGGAGAUCAUGGUUCGGACGGGGCUCUCAACGCCAUGAUCUACACCAACCCGUCAUGCUAACCAGCAAGGGCGAACCGUUGCUCGAAACUGCCGGCAAAACAAUGGACAGGCUUGGCUCGUUUGCUUCUCGAAUUCUUCAGUGCAGGCUUCCUUGGCGCCACAAUGCUAGGAUGGUCCCCGGUCCUCGUCUCACAAGUCUGCUAGCCUAGCCUAGCACCACGACCUAUGACUUGACUUGACUUGACUUGACUUGACCUGACGGCUACCCAAAUGCUCGUUGUUGACUUUGUUUGGAGCAGCUCGAAAUUACCUAUCUUCUUAGUGGAAGGACGCAUCUCUUUAGUCAUUGUCCUAACGCAUGCAGCACCGUGCCUGUGCCACCGGGCUAGGACCGACUGCCGCACUCAUAGCCUAGCAUAAUUACAAUGAUGAUGCUGGUUCCCGCUGCAAGUAUACGCUUCGGUCUCUCCCUUCUGGCCAUCUCCAUUUCCCAGAAUCUCUUCUACGGACUGCUUUGCUCAGCACUUUAAUCCUGGCCAGUUUGGCCUACCACGUACAUAAUUCCAUACGUACAUCUCAUAAGAACCCUCGAUCCUUAGUCCAUCCUCGUCUCGUUGAUCCACACCCUUCAGCCCUCCGUUCUUGACCCCCCGGCCCCAGUCGCAACCCCAAACGACUACCGUCUUCAGAACCCUACCGGCCGCUUCAUGCGUUAUCCAUCUAGUCAUAGCUUUGAGCGACCUACAUACUUUUCUGUCGUAGUGGAUUCGUCUCAUCUCUUCCCAUUCCCCUACUUUGUCGCAUGUUACCAAGCCCUGGCAUAGCCACUGGGUCUGAAUCAGAUCUCUCGCUUUCCAGUAUCCUCCCCGUCUUCCUCCGUCACUAAUUGGAGCCUGGACCUUUGAUCAAAGCGGCUCCGAUGAUCUGAAGCUGAGAGGACCCUUUUUGACAGCGAUAGAACAGUAAUUGAUCCUGGUCCUUGACAAGAUCGGCAACCUGAAAUCUUCGGUUCAGCGGGUCAGACUCGAUCUAUCUGACACUCCUGUCACUCUUCUCACCCCUUCGCUAUGCGUGAAAAAAACAAAUAGCAUCCGUCUGCCAAGUUUCAUGUUACUCUGCACCGAACCUAGACCCCAGUCUUCUGGAAGACGUACAAGAAACAGCCGUUCCCCUGACAAUUAAACGAAUUGUCUCUCCAAUCACUUCGCUCUUCAUCCUCUUUACUUUGUUCCUUCACCUAUCUGUGGAGUGUCUUCGCAUUAUAAUCGAUAAUUAAUCCGGAACGAGGUUGAUCCUGUUUCUAGUACCUUGCGGCGGUUGUCAUGAGAUUGUGAUCCCCUGAACCUCUACCAUUACCAGAAAGACGACUUCGAAUCCCGAUGCUGUAAUCAAGCAAAAUACAUACGCCCACCACCAGUCUUUUUUACGAAUCAAGUGGCGCCAAUUGCAUAUUCUGCCGGUUCCAUAGUCACUCCAUUCUAAUACGGCCUCUGUUCGGACAAGUCUCUACACAGACCUGAAUCAUGAAGAUUGAGUCAAUUCUAAACCAGUUCAGCGAACUUGACACGGAAGCGAGACAUACUCGAGAAAGCCUACAACUUUUCAAUGAGCAGAAGGAACAGAGAGGCCCGUCAUUGUCACUGUCGACUCCGUCACCCGACUGCACUCAGUCUAGAACAUCUAGUGUGCGAUCCGACAGUCGAACUCGUACGCCCUGGGAUGCUGGUGGCUACUCUCUGCCAAGGGAUGUUGGCCCCAAGAACUCCUCGCGGCAUCCUUUCACGCCAGUGACUUGGGAGGAGCAGCAGGAAUCUGCGAGACGUCAGAAUGCAUCUAAUCACCACUCCAGACAAGUAUCAAUGGAUACAUCAGCCAGUAUAAGUCUUCCUGGUUCCGCAGGAUCAUAUGCGCUACCAGUCCGGUAAGAAAACUCAAAACCACGACCCGGUGCGGGCAUGGCAAGCUUGAGGUUGACAUUACUUCAAGUAGAAUGCCUUCCACCCCAGAAGUCCAUCAAGAUGCUUGGGCGCCGAAAAGUAACCACAGCGAGCGCCGUGCUUCUCAGCAUAUGAGAAGAUCAAGUCUCUGGACGGAAUACAACACGUCGCCAGCUUCAGCGAGCCAUAAGAUAUCAGACAGCCGCAGCAGUUUCUCAUCUUGUUGCUCAUCGACCUUCUCUGCUGGCCAUUCCAGAUUCUCAUCGGUAUCUACCAUCAACGGGAGCAAUACGGUAGGCUCUGGCAUCGCUGACCUGGAAGCAAAGUUGGAGCGGCUUCCAAGGAUAACAGCGCCUCUCCCUCCAGUGACAGUCGGUCUGUCUGUGAAGUCGCAUGCUCGUCAGCGUACCAAUGGUGCUGGGUCGUUGUACUUGGGUAGCCCAUCUGACACGAUUCUAGAGGCGAGGAUGAUGAGAAGAAAGCACAACCACUUGUCAGAAGAUCAAACCUAUUUGAAGCCAAAAGAUCAGUUUCUGAACUCGUUAGAUCGCGUUCACAAGCGAACCAUCUCUGCACCAAACCCCGCCCAGGGCUCUAGUCAUUCUUUUCCUCAAGCACCAACUUCUCUGCCACAAUUUACGUCCCGACAGCUUCAUCCUCCGACGCAACUGUCACCACAGAUCAACGCAUCUCACGAUCGUCUCGGCAUCGAGAAGUAUCCCUGGAUCACUACGGGAGAGAGCUCUCCUGCAACUAGUAGUGCAUCAACAAGAUCUCCCUUCCAGCCUCCGGAGACUGUGAGGAUGCAGUCCAACGGGACUCUUCCAGGUGCAUCUGGACAGGCAGCGUCCCAUGCUAACCCAAAUGAUCGUGUGCUUGCUGCAUUGCAUACAUUGGACGAUGUGGCCAUCGACGUUCCCCUUCAGGGUGGUGACGUUUGUAUGGCAGUUCCCGAAUGCAACACUAAUUCGGUACCACGCAAGGUCAUCUCUCAUCUUUUUGGCCGCAACAAGGUCUGCACUCGUCGCAUCCCGGAGCGUGUCUGGGUUUGCAUGUGUCGCAAGCACUAUCAGAGGAUUCGCUACCGAACCGGUAUCAGAUUCAGCUUCACUCAAAUCAACCUGGUGUACGAGCAGAUCAUCCGAAUGAUCUUCUGGAGCCGAGGUCUGGAGAAUGCCAGUAGAACUAAUCUGGAGGGCAUAACAAUCCGAUCCUGGACAUUCUCGAUUCGAAGACGUGAGGUUAAGCGCCUGGCGGAUACUAACAGUCGGGACCCCAUCCCUCACUGGAUCAUGCAGAGCCUCGGCGAAGGCAAGACGCACGAUGAGAUUCUCGAUGUCAUUGAACGUCUUUGCCAAGAGAUCGAUCACGGCGAUCUCAGAGAAGUUCCUCCUGUCGAGUUCCUCCCAGAGGUUGUUGAUGCUUUCACGAACUCGCCUGCUCAAGUCCAGGCCCAUCAGACAUCGGCCAGCAGUCAAUCCGGCCGUUCGUCUUUGAUGGUUGGGGAGCCAGUUCCAUCCCCCCUCCCAUUUGUCAAGGAAUCGUCGCCCCUCGAACCAGUUCAAGAAGAGGGAUCUGCGAGUGAGCAUUCUAGCCAGCAAUCGUCCUCGUCGGCCACACCUCCUGCUGCUUUCAGCGGAUCUCGACCUGUUCAUCACUCCCGAUCGUAUACCGACGAUAUCUCCAACCGGACUGCUCCCUACUCAUUCGGCUCUCGGUCUCCCCUCGCGAACUCUGGCAUCGGGCCAGACAGUGAUCGACAACCCAGUCUUGGGUACUAUGACAGUCAGAACCCAACAGCACCUUCAAUGAGCUAUUCCAGUAUUAAUCGUCAUAUGCAGGCGCCGAUGACCGAUCACCGAGGUUCCUGCGAUAACGCCCCUUACUACCAACAGUCUUGUGGCGGUGAUCACUACUAUGGCCCAAGUGGAUUCGUACUGACUGAUAGAAACCUCUCGAUCCAUACCGCCGCUAUGCCAAUGGUGGCCAGAGCGGAUCAGAUGUAUGGCACCGCAGGCUAUGCUGCCCAACACAGCCGAGACAACCACCACUUCCUUGCGUCGACAGUCAAUAACCAACUCACGCCCGCGCCGCUCAACUAUCCCUCUUACGGGACUCCUCCUUCCCAGGCUUCAGGAGCGGGUUACUCGUAUCCAGUCCCGGAAGAACGUCAUUCUCAGUUUGGAAUGAGCGGAGUAGAUAACUCACUGCAUCAUUCCAUGGCAGACGAGCGCCCGUACUCUGAUGCUCCGCGUUCACAAAUCCACCAGCCCUACUGGUUUUCUGCCGAGACUGGGUCGAACACUAGGAUCGGCCGCUCUAUGAACCAAUACCAGCAGUACACAUUGGCUUCCGUUGACCAAGCUAGCCUCCGUUCCUCGCGCCAGUACCCUAAUGAAGAAGCUCCAGAGUAUGGCGUUGCUAAUCUGGUUACUGAUGAAGGUGUCCCAACCACGCAAUCAGCAAUGGCCUACCGUCCAAGAUUCCAACACGGCUACGCCUCUCCCCCCGAGUUUGACGACACUCUCGCUCGAGGCAAUUACCAGGCCUAUCAACACAAUCUUUCAACCAAUGGCGAUGAAGAGCACAUCCACGGUGAUCGAGCUUCUGACAGCAAUCGCCAGUAAGGAACAGAUUUCCUGAAUGAUGGUAGGGAGCGCAAGUUUUUGAGGCCUGGCUUUGUAUGCCACUUGCGAAGCUUCCUGUUUUGCCUCUUUUUUCUUUUUGAUAUGAGCUGCACGACGUUAAUGACUUUAUCUAAUUUGCGUUGCUUCCCCGUCUGGGGCUGUUCAUCACUGGUGAACUGAAAAUAUUGCUCUCUUAGCACUCGCUUGCCCCCCUUUACCCCCUUUUUUGGUAUUUCCGGCCCGUUGUAUGAGUAUAUCGCCCCUUGAAGCACCUGAGGAAGCACAGCGAUACAACAAUCAGGCAUGUUUCUGCAGGACUUGGCACAGGGCGGACUUUUUGCUUGAUAUGAUUGCUCCAUCGUCUGCGAUAGGGAUUUGCUAUUAUGGAGUGGCUCAUGACAUAAAAGUUCAUAACCUUGCUGGUCUGAAGUGGCCAUAAGUAGCCAGAUAGAUGAUAGAUGAAUGACACAUCUGAACAAUAUUUCGAUGAGGAAUCGUGAUGCGA